AUGCUACACAUGAAACAAAUGACUAUGGAAAAUGACUCUUCAGUGUCAGAGUUCAUUCUUGUGGGACUGACAGACCAACCUGAGCUCCAACUGCCCUUAUUUGUUCUGUUCUUGGUGAACUACACAGCGACUGUGUUUGGAAAUGUGAGCUUAAUGAAUCUCAUUUGCCUAAACUCAAACCUUCACACUCCCAUGUACUUUUUUAUCUUCAAUCUAUCUUUCAUUGAUUUCUGCUAUUCACUUGUCUUCACUCCGAAAAUGCUGAUGAGUUUCGUUUUAGAAAAGAACAUCAUUUCUUUCAAAGGAUGCAUGACUCAACUGUUUUUCUUCUGUGUUUUUGUGAACUCAGAAAGCUAUGUGCUCACAGCAAUGGCCUAUGAUCGCUAUGUGGCCAUCUGUCAGCCUCUGUUGUACAAAGUUGUUAUGUCCCCCAAGAUCUGUUGUCUGUUGAUAUUUGGUUCUUACUUAAUGGGGUUUGCUAGUGCCAUAGUUCAUACAGGGUGUAUGAUCAGGCUCAGGUUUUGUGAUUCUAACAUCAUCAACCACUACAUGUGUGACAUCUUCCCUCUCCUCCAGCUCUCCUGCAGUAGCACCUAUGUCAAUGAACUUAUGAGCUCUGUCUUAGUGGGGAUAGCUAUCAUUUUAUGCUGCCUCAUUAUCUUUAUCUCAUAUGUUAUGAUUCUUUUUAAUAUUAUUCAUGUGUCCUCAGGUAAGGGUUGGUCCAAAGCCUUUGGAACUUGUGGGUCUCACAUCAUAACUGUCAGUCUCUUCUAUGGAUCUGGGCUGCUGGCUUAUGUCAAGCCAUCAUCUGCUGGGACUGUGGGCCAGGGAAAAUUUAUCUCAGUGUUUUAUACGUUAUUGGUGCCCAUGUUGAAUCCUCUCAUUUACAGCCUCAGAAACAAGGAUGUCAAGCUUGCUGUGAAGAGAACCUGGAAGAGAUUAGCAAACUGA